AUGACUGCUUUACCAAUAGUUGAGACCCAAUCAGGAGAUGUUUCAGCUUAUAUUCCUACUAAUGUAAUUUCUAUUAUAGACGGCCAAAUAUUCUUAUCUGCCGAUUUAUUCAAUGCUGGGAUCAGACCCGCAAUUAAUAUGGGUAUUUCUGUUUCCAGAGUUGGAUCGGCGGCUCAAAUAAAAGCCAUGAAACAAGUAACUGGUAAAUUAAAAUUGGAAUUGGCACAAUUCGCAGAAUUAGAAGCUUUUGCACAAUUCUCUUCAGAUCUCGAUAAAGCCACGCAAAAUCAAUUGGCAAGAGGUCAACGAUUGCGCGAGUUGCUUAAACAAUCCCAAUCAGCUCCUCUUACUGUGGAAGAACAGAUAAUAACUAUUUAUACUGGAACGAACGGUUAUCUUGAUUCAUUAGAAAUUGAACAGGAAGCUAUUCAGGAACAGAUGGAACUCUUUUUACUUCAGGAACAAGUAGAAAAAAAUUGA